AUGUCAUAUACUUCAGCCAUAACAACCGCGAUUCACAACCCGCAGUUACGCCUUCUCAAUGCUCUGCGAGCCAACUCCAAACCUAUCAUGACUUUCCUGGGACUUCCGUCCUUUCGCACAGCCCAAAUUGUAGCUCAGACCGGUGUUGAUGGCAUCAUCAUCGACUGUGAGCAUGGCCAUAUAAGCGAUGAUUCCAUGCACAGUUCGACUGCCGCCAUAGCCUCUUUAGGAGUAUCGCCGCUUGUCCGUCUUAGAAUGACCCAUGCGGAUUUGAUUAAAAGAGCUUUGGAUGCUGGUGUACACGGUAUCGUUGUACCUCAAAUCAACACAGCCGAAGAAGCCAGGGCCGUUGUCUCUCAUGCGAAAUUCCCUCCCCAGGGACUUCGAGGGCAAGGCUCCGCGUUUCCAGCUAUCGCUCACGGCGUCGACAUGCCAACAUACAUGAAAACGGCGAAUGAGACGCUCAUUACCUGUGUUCAGAUCGAAUCGAAAGCCGGGGUUGAGAAUGUUGACGCGAUCUGUGCUGUUCCUGGUGUCGAUAUGAUUUUCAUUGGGCCGAACGAUCUUGCCCUAUCACUCCUCGGGUAUGUUCCUGCAAAAGGCACUGAGCCCGAGUUUAUCGACGCUAUCGACAAGAUCGUAGCGGCGGCCAGAAAGCAUGGUAAAUGGGUCAGCCGAUUAUCGAACGAUGGGGCUUCGUGCAAGGAGCAUCUGAAAGUGUUUGAUACCGUGGCAAUGAGUUAUGACGUUAGGGCCAUUCAAAAUUGGUAUACCACUGAGUUGCAAGUUGCGCGCUCGUGA